CCAUUAUUCAACUUGAGCUCGGUUAAGUCUUAUGCCGUAUUCGUUCGGCAACUGCCCCAAAAAUGGCACUAAGCUGCUUUCGCCCGUUCUCUGCUGCCACCUCAUAUACAUUACCGUAACGCUUGGACCCUUUUCUGCCAGCCAGCGAUGGCCAUUGAUGCAGUAAUGACUGUAUCUAAUCUGAAGCAAAUCAAGAACAAUGUUAUUGGGAAUCCAUCCGUCAAGCUGCAGUGUGCCCGGGACGAGGUAUUUAUUCAAAUGCUUGUCGGAUGUUUGAAUCGCGAGCCUGUAGCAGAUGAGCCUCAAGGAUCCAAGGACGAUAUUCGCAUCGAGGCUGCCCAUAUCAUAACGUCGAUAUCUUAUGGUUCUGAAGACGCGCUGGGAAGCUUGUUGAGGGCCGAUGUCCAUAGAGCAUUGCUGUUCGCCAUUGCUAAAAUUCAGCCAACCGAUUCGGCAUCCCUCAGAGCUGCGUUCGCGCGCGCAUUGAGAGCUAUUACUGUGGCUAUUGCAGAGACCGUGGGUCCGUCGCAGUGGGGCUUGAGGGCGGACUCCUCCGCUAUCAGAAACGAAGCAAAAGUCACUCUAGAUUUUUUGUUCCAUAUUGAUUCUCUGGAUGUAUAUCUACCUCUUCUCGUUGAUCCAUCCGUUCAGACCAGCACGUCGAUAGCUCUACUACUUGGGAGUGCUCUUCGGACAGCAGAACACCGAACAGCAGUCACAGAGUGGCUGCCCAUUGCGGACCGCGCGCGAGAGGUCAAAACAAAACGUGGAUGGGAAAAGACUUCGACAAAUUCGAGCUCCUUGCACCGUCACGGCGGCUGGACCGCUAGGAAUCUCAGUUCACUGUUGCUUGCCAGUAAAGAUUACAAAUAUCAGGAAAGCCUACUGUUAGCCCUGGCUGCCCUUUGUAAAGAUAAUGCAACCGUGGCAGUUACUCUAACGAAACCCAUCGCUGAUAAAGACGCAAUGCUCUCAUACAUUCUUUCACUAUCAAAAUCCAGGAUUCCCGAGGUUCAGCUGGCAGCUUGCUUAUGCGCAAUACAUACCAUUCGAUCCAGUGCAAGCCAUUCCGCUCCUGUGGAUGACUACUCUGCGAGAACGAUAUUAAGCGUCGUCAAUCGUAUGAUUGCCACACCGCCUACGGAUACAGUACAGAACCAGUGCAAAGCUUGCUUCAUCUUAUAUUAUCUGGUGACAGAUGAAGCAAUUCUAUGCCACAUAGCAUGGGAACGUGGAUCUCUCAGGCGACUUGCGGCAUUAGUUCAGUCUAUCACCCCCCAGGAUUUGAACGAAAGGGAAGAGGAAGAGCCCGAGAGUGUGUCUGCACUAAGAGAAGCGGCUCUUACGGCAAUAGCAGCCAUCUCAAUGUUCGACAACGACAUUCGUAGAUCUUUGACUGAUGACUUGAAAUUACUCCCAACUAUCCAUGUCUCCCUAUCGCAUCGUCAUGUGGGAGUUCGGUACGCUGCUUGUCAGUGCAUAAGGGCCUUGAGCAGGGCUGUGGCCGUAUUACGCACCAAUCUCGUAGAUAGCGGCCUGGGUAUGGUCGUCUUUCAAAUAUUCAAGAAGGAGGAUGAAGAUAGAAGGGUACUGUCUGCUGCGCUUUCUGCGGUGUGCAACAUCGUCAACGAAUUCUCUCCUUUGAGACCGGUUUACCUCGAACAAGGAUUACUACCGCGCCUAAUACAGCUUUUGGGCUCCGGGGAUCCGACAUUACGAUUGAGUGCACUAUGGGCUAUCAAAAAUUUGCUACGCAAGACGUCGUUAGAAAUCAAAAAGGAGGUUAUGAACCAAAUCGGUUGGUCCCAGCUUUCAAGAUUCCUUACUGAUCCGGCAGAGGGUAUCCAAGAGCAAGCAUUCAACAUCGUGCGGAACUUAGCUGAAGAUGAAGAAGCCAUCGACAUGGUCUUUGAAGGUUUGGGCACGCAUAUUCUACUAGAUCGUCUCGUAAAAACCUUGGAGUCUCGCGAUGAAGAUGUCGUCCUUCAGGCGGCAUCUCUCCUCGCAAAUCUUGCCAAUGGAUCUGAAAUCCAGCAGGACCUCAUUUUAUCUUGUCCCGAAAUCCUCUCUUCCCUCAAGGCAUGUUUGGCAGAGUCCAAGCCUGAAAUUCGUCGGCCGGCAGUCGGGUGUGUCCUUGAGCUCGCGCGGAGAAGCUCCAAGGGACGGAAGGAGAUGGUCGAAGCUGGCAUUUUGUCGACAUUGCGGCGUAUUUGCGAGUGGAGUGGUGAGGGACUGACAAUGAGCCAUGCACAUACGAGCAGUGCUAUUGAAGAAGAGAAGGACAUUAUCGAGCAUGCACGGUUGGCAUUGAAUUGGCUAGAGUAUGGACCAUGAUUUCUAUCUAGCUCGCGCUUCAUCCAGGUAAUGAAAUUGUCGCGUCCCUGUUUUACUUGUCGGCCUUCAAGCGAGCUCGCCGAUUUCCAAUUAAUAACUUGAGUGCAAGAUGAUACAUAUUGAGUGUAUGCAUUCCUCACGGAGUUCGAGUGCGCAUUGUGCCCCG